AUGGUUGUAGAAGAAUAUUUAGUACAAGCAUUGUACGAUUUUACGCCACAAGUGGUUGGAGAAUUAGAAUUUAACAGAGGCGAUGUCAUCACCGUUACAGACCGUUUUGAUCAACAUUGGUUUAAAGUCCUGCGCGAUGCCCAAGGAAAAUUCUUUUUAUGGGUGGUUAAAUUUAAUUCGCUCAACGAACUCGUCGAAUACCAUAGAAUGUCUUCAGUGUCAAGGUCGCAAGACGUAAGACUGAGAGAUAUGGUUGUAGCAGAAUAUUUAGUACAAGCAUUGUACGAUUUUACGCCACAAGAGGUUGGAGAAUUAGAAUUUAACAUAGGCGAUGUCAUCACCGUUACAGACCGUUCUGAUCAACAUUGGUUUAAAGUCCUGCGCGAUGCCCAAGGAAAAUUCUUUCUAUGGGUGGUUAAAUUUAAUUCGCUCAACGAACUCGUCGAAUACCAUAGAACGUCUUCAGUGUCAAGGUCGCAAGACGUAAAACUGAGAGAUAUGGUUGUAGAAGAAUAUUUAGUACAAGCAUUGUACGAUUUUACGCCACAAGAGGUUGGAGAAUUAGAAUUUAACAGAGGCGAUGUCAUCACCGUUACAGACCGUUCUGAUCAACAUUGGUUUAAAGUCCUGCGCGAUACCCAAGGAAAAUUAUUUCUAUGGGUGGUUAAAUUUAAUUCGCUCAACGAACUCGUCGAAUACCAUAGAACGUCUUCAGUGUCAAGGUCGCAAGACGUAAAACUGAGAGAUAUGGUUGUAGAAGAAUAUUUAGGACAAGCAUUGUACGAUUUUACGCCACAAGUGGUUGGAGAAUUAGAAUUUAACAGAGGCGAUGUCAUCACCGUUACAGACCGUUCUGAUCAACAUUGGUUUAAAGUCCUGCGCGAUGCCCAAGGAAAAUUCUUUUUAUGGGUGGUUAAAUUUAAUUCGCUCAACGAACUCGUCGAAUACCAUAGAAUGUCUUCAGUGUCAAGGUCGCAAGACGUAAAACUGAGAGAUAUGGUUGUAGAAGAAUAUUUAGUACAAGCAUUGUACGAUUUUACGCCACAAGAGGUUGGAGAAUUAGAAUUUAACAGAGGCGAUGUCAUCACCGUUACAGACCGUUCUGAUCAACAUUCGUGGCAUGGAGAAAUAGGACAUCGCCGAGGCCUCUUUCCUGCCACGUACGUUACGUCCUAUUACACGUAAAUACAAGUAAACGAUGUCAAGUUUACAGUUAACAAAAUACGCACCAUACGAGAACUACAUUAUUUGGUAGACCCGUCACAAUUAAACCAAUUAUUAAAAUCGAAAUUAAGAAAAACUGGACUAUACAAAACAUUUUUUUUAUUUGCCAUUUAAAGAAGCAUGCUCUUCGAUAUUUUAAUUUGUUUUUGUAAUCUGUAUGUAAUGAAAGUGUUAGGAAGUGUCUUAUUAAAUAC